AUUCAAUGUUAUUCACGAGUCAUAUUCAGUGUCAUACGACGAAGCAAAAUAAAAAAUUCGUUUCUUGUGUUGUUCCAUAUUCAUUGCUUCUUUACGUCGCGCUAAUAAAAUUCCCCUCCUGUUGCUCUAUAUACAAACCCCAUUUCAUAACUUCAUUAAUCAAAUCAAAGUUGAACCAAAAGCACGAUCAUUCGGCAUAAUAUAUAGUUUCAGUGUACAAUUACAUCGCUAUCAUAUUAAUACUAUCAAUGGCAGCACCACAAGUUGAUAACGAGUAUUGGGAUGAGAUAGCAAAAGCACGGGUUGAGCUUCAGAAUCUUAUAUCCAAGGAGAAUUAUAAUGCUUGGGAUCUGCUUCGUUUAGCAUAUGCAUCCCAAUUCUCAAUUGCCAAUUUUCAUCAUGCUUAUGCAGGAACUAGCACUUCUACUGAUGCUACAACAAAGAAAACUCAAUCUGCUAUUAAUAAUCUCAAAACUAAAAUGGGAAAUAGCACUUCUAUUGACGCUACAACAAAGAACACUCAAUCUGUCAAUAAUAAUCUCAAAACUGAAAUUGGAACUAGCACUUCUACUGAUGCUACAACAAAGAACACUCAAUCUGCCAAUAAUAAUCUCAAAACUGAAAUUGGAACUAGCACUUCUACUGAUGCUACAACAAAGAACACUCAAUCUGUCAAUAAUAAUCUCAAAACUGAAAUUGGAACUAGCACUUCUACUGAUACAAGAACAAUGAACACUCAAUCUGCCAAUAAUAAUCUCAAAACUGAAAUUGGAACUAGCACUUCUACUGAUGCUACGACAAAGAACACUCAAUCUGCCAUUAAUAAUCUCAAAACUGAAAUUGAAAGUAUCAAGCGCAACCACCAUGUCGAAAUAACGUAUCCCGACCUCUACCAGCUUGCUGGGGUUGUUGCACUUCACACGCUUGGUGGUCCGGUAAUUGAGUUUGUCCCUGGUAGAGAGGAUUCGACAAUUUCACCAGAUGAAGGAUGCCUUCCUGAUGUAUCUGUAAAAGGUUGACAUAACUAGUUGAUCUAUCAUUUUGAAAUCCGCGUAAUGGAUAGACGAGCUACAAAGAUUAAAAAUUUACUACUCCCUUUGUCCCAAUUUAUAUAACACACUUUUC